GGUAAGUCAGAGAGGGAGAAAAGAGCGAGGCAGGAUUUGGUGACGUGUGCGUGGGCGCCAUGCGGGAAUCGGAGACUCGGUCAACAAGAUCACCAAGCACGGGAGCUGGCGGAAGGGAAGGGCUCAGAGGGAGGCUGCCCCGAGAACUGGUUCCCAAAAGUGUUGUUGUGACUCCACCCAGGUCGGCGGCGGCAGUGGUGGUUGUGGUGGAGAGCCGUGGCGGUCGUGGUGGUCGUAGAUGGAUGGUCGGGUGCCCUACUGCCUCGUGGUUUAUACACUUCACCUCCCUCGUGUGGCCCCACCUGCCUCGCCUACCUGCCUCACUCAGUCCCUAGUGCCCGCCGCGGCCAGCUCGACCUCUCCUCGCUGCUGCCCUGCCUCGCCGCGGCCCCUCCUCGGCGUGCACAUGGGAGGGAAGGAAUCAUCGAGGAGACCAAGUGUUCAUAAUCCUCGCUAAUAAUGAAUCCCCCAAGACAGUUCCGUAACGCGAGAACCAUGAGGGCACCGCCACGCCCCGCCUGUGUCCGUCCCCCGCAUGCCGUCCACACUAGACAGGAUCUUGUUGACGCCGCUGGUGACGGCGCGAGCUGAAGAAGGCUGCUGUGUGCUGCCGUGUGUAGUGGUGGCGACAGGAGGCGUGGGCCGGAUGUAACUAAGGUGUCGGUGGCGUGUGUUAGUGUAGUGGUGGUGCUGUGAUGGUCCAGUGUCUUGGUGUGCAGGAGAGUCAUUCCUCAGCAUGGUGUUGUCUCGAGGCGCCUUGACGCUGCUCCUGGUGGUGGCGUGGCCGGUGCUCGCCUGCUGGCCGGACUACGUGGACCAGGCGGCGCAGGAUGCGGACGUGGUGGUGGUGGCCAAAGUGGUCUACCUUGGGUCACACCACGGCCACGGAUUCAACAAGUUCUAUAAUCUGGUGAAAGUGCAAGUGAAGACCUUCCUGAAGGGAGAGGAGGCUUGCAGGAGACACUUGAGGCUCCUCUCGGGGAAUGAGAGACCCGAGUGGGAGGAGGAAGCCACAGUGGUCGAGGAAGCUGAUCUGUCACCCUCCUCUGAGGUCCUGGGGGUGGACGGUGUGUCCGCCCAGGGCACCUGCAGCGGCAGGGUGAGAAGCGGGGACAUCAUGAUCUUUUUCCUGCACAUCAAGUCCAAGGCUGAGGUGCAGAAAGGCCACAGUGCCCAGGCGGCCUUCCACGUGACCUCGCAGCCUAUCAAGCUGAACCUGAGUCUGCUGAGGCACACCCAAGCUGUUGUGCAAGCGGGUGCGUGUGUUGCAGUGGCGGGUGUGUGUCGGCGCAGCAGGAGGCGUGGCGCACGUGUUGGUGGGGCUGAGGGGCGACGGGUGGCGUGUUCCUCCGGCAGGGCUCCAACUCGCCUCCGCCAGAUAGAGAUCGCGGCGGACUCUGGGAUGAGAUGACAGGAGGGAGGAGGUGCGGAGGCAAGGCUCGCUCCGUCCCCGCCUCCUCUCUCUCCUCCAGGCGUGUGAGGGGCGCUGGGAGUUUUGUAACGAUUAUGCCUCAGGAUGCGAGGUGUGUUUUGCGAUGGUAACGUUGAUGGUAUUAAUGAUAACGACAAUGGAAGCUUUUAUGGUUAGAAUGACGGAUUAGGACUAAGAAAAUAUUAUACGGUACUCUUUAUUUCGCGGUGUGACUGUCCCUGUCUUGUACAAUAAUGUUAAUUGUGAUGAUAGUAUUGCAAGACCGUAAUAAUAAUAAUGACAGUGAAAAUUGUUGAAAUCAGAACAUGUUGUUUUAUUUGCAGAGGCGCGUCAUAUACACUGCCACAGGCAUACUGAGGCGCGGAGGAAAACUUGUCAUUACAGUGGAAGCAGAGCGUCAAAGGUGCUGGCGUACAGGGCUAGUCAAAAGUUCCCAUACAACUAUGGAAACAUUUUAUUUAUAACUCAAAUUAAUUAAUAAUACCUGUGUUCAGUUCCUCUGGUGAAAUCACUGAGCGUGUUCGACAUUGUUACUGUGAGAACCCAACGACACUCCCCAUUCGCUUGUAACACACAACACAUUUGUAUGGAGACUUUUGCUUCACUCUGUAUUUGUCAGAAGUAACUAAGAUAUCUGAAUUCACUCUCUGUACAUCGGUAUGUCCAGUCACACAUUAUAGCGGUGUGCUUAAUAUGCUCCGGCUCUAAAUUGUUACUAGUUUUCACUUCUGAUUUAACUGUGUAUGUAGGAAUGUGAAUCCACGAUGGCAGUUUGCCUUAUGCUGCACUGGGCUUUACUGCACACGCGCUGCUGACUAGGAGUGUUGAGGCAAUAGAGUGCACCACUUUAUAGGCAUGUCUUUGUAGAAUGAAUGUCUAAUGGAUGUCCAAUGAAGAGAGUAACUCUAAACUGGCGGUGUGAUAUACAAGUCCUCCUCCAAAGGUAAGAAUAUUGUCAGUGGGCUUUAUCAUUAGCUUUGCCGAGUGAGGUCAGUAGCUGUAGUGCGGUGGUGUAAUAUAUAUCUCUUGUCAGGAUUAUGGUUAAUGGACCGAGAUGCGUCCGGAUCAUUUUUCAUCAAGGGAGUAGCAAGCAUAGAAAUUAAGAGCACCCCAAAUUGAGCUUCAUGCAGCCCUUGUAGUGCCACACAAGCUUAUCUCUUGACCCUGAAGCUCCCUGGGCACCGUUUAGGGCACAGAGA